AUGCCAGUGUUAGACUUAAGGACCUCUGAGAUCGAAUCGAAAUUUCUGCAUCGCUAUUAUCUUGUUGUGUAUAAUACUGGGCAUCACAGCCUAUUUAUACAAUGUACUGAAGAAGUAAAAAGGUUAAAAUGGGCUAUUGGAUCUGUUCCUGUGACAUUGGCGUUGGCUGGUUUAUUCCUUGCAUUUAUUGAGGUCUUGCUGCUUUAUGCUACAUUGGCUGGGGUUUUUGUGCAUAUAUGCCAUGCCCCUUUUGCUGAUCAUUAA